AUGAAUUCUCAGAAGGAAUCAGAGCUACUGGCCAUGCAGCAUAUUCUCGGUCUCAGGAAUGCUGCAGACGAUCUCAAAGUAAAGCCCAAGGACCUCGAGCGAGUGGAACGUCUGAAAGCAGCCGAACCUGUCUUUGUCUGUGUUGACCUGGAAGCUUUCGAGUUUUCCCAAGAUAAGAUCACAGAGGUUGGUGUCUCCAUUCUGGACUCCCGACAUGUCGUUGGCACUGAUCCAGGUGCCGAUGGAUCGAAUUGGCUCUCCAAAAUAAACACCCGUCACAUGAUCAUCAAGGAAUACAAACAUCUCGUGAAUAAGCGUUUUGUUCACGGCUGUCCUGACAAAUUCAACUUUGGCCACUCCGAGUUGGUUCCGCUCAAGCACAUCCGCGACACUCUCAUCGAGCUCUUCAACAACCCCACUUCCGAACCAUUACGAGCAUCAGACAAUGGUUCACGGAAACUCGUCCUUGUCGGCCACGGCCUUUCCAACGAUACUGCUUACUUGAACAAACUUAAUUUCGCACCCCACGCAAGCGGCAACAUCCUCCAAGACGUCGACACUCAGAGAUUCGUUGGCACUAAGAAGACCACCAUCGGAUUGAGCAAGUUGAUGGCUGGACUUGGUGUUGAUCCAGAGAACCUUCACAAUGCAGGCAAUGAUGCUGCCUACACGAUGCAAGCUCUUGUGUUGAUUGCUGUUCAGCACACCAACGACCCUGGCGCUUACCUGAAGGCUGUCACCAACGCUAAGGGAAAGGUCGAUCCGGCCAAGCAACGUUACAAGGACCACAAAGCAAAAAUCAGGGAGAAGAAGGCCGCCGAGCAGAGGGCCAAAGCUCUAGCUGCGGGCCCGAUCGAGCAGAAUGCCAGUCAAGGCCCUACCCCUAGACUUCCUACCAAGCCCUUCUUCACUGGUCCUCCUCGCGAACACCAACAGUUUCCUGCAGCGCGACAAACCACCGCACGAUCGAAUGUUGAGACAAGACGCCGAGUCGAACAAGCACCAUCAACCAGGCAGGAUUCGGGUGAGAACUCUCACUUCCCAGCGUCGGUCGACCACACUCCUGUCCCUGACAACCAGACUUCCGUACACCCUGACCCCAUAGACCCCAACCCCAUAGACUCCCAACGCUCACCUCCAUCACGCUACGAGAUAUCUGCUCCGAGAAAGGAUGGGAAUCAACUGCUUGAGAAAAGCGGCGGUCGAGUUCCAAAAUUCAAGACGCCCCCCUUACCGAGGAAUGAGGAUCGGCCCGGAUAUACCACAUUUUCGCUUCUCAGUGAGCAGACAAAGCGUCUUAAUUCUUCGAGGAAAAGGAAGAGUUCCGAUCCCGAGCCUGUCCCGACCAAUCGUGUCGGAAACCCUGCAAAAGCCCAACCAACGGAACGGGAUGACGACGACUUCUCAAUACCGCCUGCUUUUUAUCGGGGCGGCGAUGACAAUAGUCGUGAUUCAACGCACGGUGAUCAGGGAGGAUCCGAAUCAAUGGCCGACAACGGACCACACGACGGUAUUGUCAGAAAAGUCUUCUCGCAUAAGCGUAAGCAAUUUCUCGAAGCUUGA